CGAUUUUUUCCUCCAAUGUUUGUGAAGAACUGGGCAUGAAAUUUCAAGAUGCCUUGAUAACGAACCAUCACACAAAGUCAAAAUCUUUUGAACAUUUCUCGCUACAAAAGAAAUUAUAUUUGCACCAAGUCGCUCUGAAACAUUCGAAACCUCGUAGAAACUUGUAUCAUUCAACAAUGACAUCAUUUGGUACCGACUUUGCAGAUGUGAUUUACCCGAGAUCGCCAUGGCCUCAAGAAGCUGGUUCAAAAACGAGUCGAUAUCAUGUUGAUCCGCAUACGGCGCCCACGCUGCGAUAGAUUCUGCGAGAGCCAUCCAUUGGUCCCUAGCUUUUUCAACGAAUCCUGAGUAACUACUAGUCAAAAUACAGUCUCGAAGAAUGAAGCCCACAAGUUUUUGAGCUUCUGCACUCUCGCUAGCAGUGCUGUAUUGAUCUGCAUCCGAUGCAUAUGCAAGCUUUUGCUUUUCGUAGCAUUCUCCAUGCAGCUGCUGAAUUCUCUGACACGCAAGAAACUUCAAGGCUUGGAAAAGAUCCUGAUCGCCUUCUCCGUGGUGUUUGGCAUGAUCGGCACUACUAUUGGUUGCAUCUUUCAAGACACAUCGAAUUGCUGAGGGAAUAACAGCGUUCUCUUCAUCCGGUAAUUCACUUUGAUUUUUACCAACCCAAAACUCACAUCGAUUCUUCAGAUGUAUUGUCCAAGCGCAAAGGAUAACAGCAUUUUUCAAGUUCCCCAACCUUUCAGAUUGAUUUUUGGUAUCUCCUUCAUCAGAUCCAAUCAAGCCAAUAACAGUUCCAUUUAGAAUGUCUUUGCAAAUAGGGUAGAUUUCAGUUGAAGAAUUGGAGUCGAUCCGAACAUUCUGUAAAAGCCCUGUUAAUAAUUUUGUGAAGAUGGCAGUUCCGACCGAAGAGACUUCCAAAGGAAUUGAAUUACCUUGACUGGAUGAUUGAUUUGUGUUUGGAUCUUUAAUAGCCGAAAAGGUUUGCUUUAGCUGCUGUAUAGGACUUUCUUGAAUUACUAGUCCAAGAUGGAGCGAAAUAGUUUUGUGAUCGGUCAAGGUCAACAACUGAAAGAGUCUCUGAGUAUCAUUGCGGUGAGACAGCACCGAUACAGCAUUAAACAAACUCUCAUAAAAGUAAUUGAGUUGCCUCAACUUUCCAUAAGUUUGGAUGAUUGUCACAAGAAAAGUUGUAACCUCGCGAGGUGCUUGAAAUGUACACGAUGAAGAUUCAUGUUGUUGAUUUUUUGAAUUGUAAGUCAAGCACAUGCCGAGAACUUGUGCAAGUUGCUCAUGCAGAAUGGUGUGGUCUAAUCGAGUGAGAACGUCAAGAACCACAAGCGCAUUUCUCCAUUCCCCUAUCUCAAGUUUAUUAUCGUCCUCUCCUUCACAUGGUGAUACAAAUUGGAUUGUUUCCUUCCCAAUUUUGUCUAGGAAGGAUCUCUCUGCACUGCUGCCUAAUGAUGGCUGAUAAAUAUUGUGCCUCAACAGAAGUUCUAAAUUCUUCCCCAGCAUUUCGAAGAACGAAAGUCGCGGUCCAUUAUCCUGUGUCGGCUUGUUGCUGGCAGUAGCCUUGGAUGCUAACAGUCCCUUCAGUAGAUAUCCAGAAAGGCACGAAAAAAAUCGAAAUUGUAGGUGACCCAUCUUGUUCGCUCCUUUGUUCUUCUUUUGUGACUUUGAUGCUGCUUGUUGUUCUUGAAUUUUUGACACUUGCUCCAGAAAAAUAUUUUGCAAGAGAGGCAGAAUAGACGCAACGACAUCUAUGUCGGUUGUAGACAUACCCACACCAUUUUCUGCAUUUAAAAAUCCCUCCAAUGUUUUGAAUAGUCCUUCCUGGUAGCCGCGAAACGAAGACUUUGUAUUUUUUGUGGCUUUGGGUACGGUUGUGCCAUCGAUGUCGGGGACGGUCAAUUGCAACGAUCGAAAACCUUCCAUAUGAUGUUGCAAACUAAACAUUCCGCCCCGAAUCAAAUUUUCGAAGACUUUUUUCGUACUCGGUAGGUCUGCUCCCCGCGACUCGGAAGCAUUUACGCGUUUGUCAUAGUGUUUUUGAUCGCAGUAGUGGAGCAUGGCUAGGUCAAGAAAAACCUUUGGUUUGACUAGCAGCUGAAAGCUCUUCUUCGGAUUGGCACUUGCGAUUCUGAGAUUCAUCAGCUCGAGUGUCGAUGUCGUGACACUUCGCCAAGCGGCGAUCCGUUGUGGGUUCUUUAUCUCCUUCGUUCCUGUCGCCAGGAUCGGGAGCAAGGAAUCACAAAUCACGUCAAACGGAGGCCGAUAUACAUGGUCCACCAAUCGACAGUAGCAUCCCUUUGCUAAAUCCUGCGCUGUAGUCUUUUCCGUCUUCUUUGUCUCCGACAAAGCGUCUCCGUCUAGCGCGAGAGCCAAAGCGAUCGGCAUGAUUUUGUGCAUAGUACUCAAUGUGAGGAUGGUAUUGAAAUUGUUGUCAUCGUUAUUGUUGUUUCUUUCUUGAGUGGAUGGAUUCUUCGAAGACCACACCUUUGAUUCUGAACGAUCAAAGAAGAAAGCAAGGCAGCCCUCUAGUGCGUUCCAAUACAUGAGAACUUCCAUA